CAACCGGGCAAACCGCCAUCUGUGCGCGCUGUGAGAGAAACAACAAGAGUGUGACUCCUUCGGUCUCUCUUGCCUUUUCGACAGAUUCCUGAAAACAACGACUUCCAAUUCCUGGUUUCCUCUACUGGUCUUUCCUGGUCCCGGAUCGCAACGGCAAACAGAAUUUUUCCCCCUCUCUGGCCUGUAGUGUGCGCGUUGCGCAAGAACUCCAAGGGAAAUCAUGGCCGACGUAUUGGCGGGACAGGAGAAGAAAGGCGGGUCUGCGCCUUCUUCUGCUCACAGCGAACCUCUUCAAUCUGAUCUGGAGGCUCGCAGAACUUCCAACACAACACCUCUCGAUGUUCUGGAGAAGAUCCGGGAAACGGACGAAGCACAUCCUAUCAAUUGGUCAUUAUGGAAGAAAUGGGGAGUCAUCACUGUCUACUGUUUACUACAGGUCUAUGUUACCAUGACUUCGACCAUGUAUGUCUCUGUGGAGACCUUCAUCCAGGAACGCUUCCCUAGCACGACGCAAGUCGUUACACUGGGACAAUCGAUGUUUAUCAUCGGAACUGCUGUUGGACCUGUUUUCCUUGGACCUUUGAGUGAUCUCGGUGGCCGCAAAUGGGUUUAUGUUGGAUCUAUCCUGGUUUAUGCUAUCUUCAACAUUGGCUGUGCCCUGGCGUACAAUCUGCCCAUGUUGAUCAUCUUCUGUUUCCUGGUUGGUGUCGCUGGAUCUACUGCUCUUUCGAACGUUGCUGGAACUAUCGUUGAUCUUUUCGGUGCUCAAGAUGGUGCAGGUCAACCAAUGGCACUCUUCGUCCUCAGUUCCAACUACGGGGCAAGUAUAGGAUCGCCAAUUGGUGAAUGGAUUGGGAUCAACUCAAGCAUGGGUUGGCGCUGGAUCUUCUACAUGAACAUCAUCUGGGGCGGCGCAUUCGCACUCGUCAUGUGCUUCAUGCCCGAGACACUACCCUCCGUCGUCAUUGCAAGAGCAGUCAAGAAGCGCGACACUCACGACCCCAACGCCGAGAUCGUCGCUGCCGAGUUGACCAAGGUCAAUGUCUUCCAGGAGAUCCGCUUUGUAUUGACAAUGGCAUUGCGCAUCAUGUUUACCGAACCCAUCGUCAUUUUCCUCGGCUUCUACAAUGGAUUCGCUUAUGGCCUUCUCUUCCUCUACCUUGAUGGUGUCUUCGCCGUCUUCGUCGACAACAACGGUCUCAGCUACGUCGGCGCCAGUCUCUCAUACCUCAACUUCUGCGUCGGCGUCACCUGCAUGUUCAUCUUCGUCCCCGUCCAAACCUACCUCUUCCGCAAAGACCGCAUAAAGCACGGAAAACACCGUCCCGAAGCCCGUUUCUUGACUUCUCUGGUCACCGUCUGGCUAUUCCCCGUCACCCUCUUCUGGUUCGCCUUCACCUCCAACGGCCACGCAUCUUACUGGUCCCCCAUCGUCGCCGGAGGUGUGCUCGGCUUCUGCGACCCACUGCUCUGGUUAGGCAUGUUGAACUACCUCGGCGAUACCUACAGCAAUGUCGCCGGAUCCGCUGUAGCCGCCUUCUUGAUCCCGUCAUUCUUGAUCGCGGCAGCCAUGUGUCACGCCGGUGUCGCCAUGUUUGAAAACAUGAGUUCCACCUGGGCGUUUGCCACAUUGGCUUUUAUUUCACUGGGUCUGGUCGCAUUGGUGUAUAUUCUUUAUUUCUUCGGUCCGUUGCUCAGAAGACGUAGUAAAUUGGCUACUGUUUACUAAAGAAAUAACGUGGAUCUGGGAUGUGACUGUCAUGCUAAGAAUAUCUGGGAUUCUCCUUCUCGAGAGAGGAUACAAAAAGAGGUCUUUGUUUAUUUGCGUACAGAGAAUCUACGCCCCAAGAAAAUUAUCCACCACGAGACUCAGGAGUCUUUUCUUCCUACUUACUCGAUACAACAUCUCGUCGUUUCGACACAAGCUACUUUCCGAAAAAUCUGUACAAAUAUAUUUUCUUGAAUACAUUCACACUUUUGUUUUUCCCAUAUUCAUA